CGGCCCGUGAGGCGCCGCCCGGCCCGUGAGGCGCCGCCCGGCCCGUGAGGCGCCGUUGCCAUGGCGAGUUCGCGACGUCCCGUGAGGGGUCGGGCCGGCGGAGAGCUCGCCCUGCGGCAGCGCCAUGAGCCCAGUCCAAAUGAAGGUGUUGCCUGAAGACAUCCUGCAAAGCCCCGGGGAACAUCCCAAGUUCUUGGAGCAGCCUCUUUGCCCCCCAUUAGACUUUGCAAGGAUUCAUUUGAUCAAAGACCAAGAUGCCAUAGAUGAUUAUUUGGCGAAGAAUAUCAAAGGGGUGUCACAAGAAGAAGCCGCUGCUUACAGGAACUCCUACAAGAAGAACAUCUGCAUCGCCAUGCUGCGCCAGGGUUAUCACAAGUCCUUCAGCGAGCUGCUCGCUCUGAUCCAGCAGGGACAUGCCCUGAGGGAGGCCGCGGGGCCCGGCUCGGCCAUAUGGCACGAGCGGUCCCUGGAGGAGCAGCCCGACAAGCUGGAUCGGCUCUACCACCUCCUGACCGCGGCCGAGGCGGCGCGGCGAGCAGGGCACUAUGAGAAGGUGUAUGAUAACCAGCUCAGCUUGGCCUACUGUUUCAGUGACCCUGAGGACAAAUGGUUACGUGACUAUUUCUAUGAGCAGAGCUAUAGCACUGCUCAGUCAGUAGAGAUUGAUGGUGGGAAGAGAAAGGCACAGGCGUGUGUGAACAUGGGCAUCAUCGAGGAGGAGCAAGGUCAUAUCACGAAAGCUGCUGAGCAUUUUGAGGCAUUUUAUGAGCUGACAGAGGGCUCAGCCUGGACGGAUGAGACAGGCCACACUUACACUUCCCUGGCAUGUCAGCACCUCUGGAGAGUUUAUACACUGAUGGCAGACAAAAUGCUGGAAAAUCUGCAAUUCCCAGAGGCCAUCAAAACACUAACAAAGGCUUCAAAGCUGGCAAAAGAGGGAGGUGACAUAAAGAUGCAGGGAGACGCAGCCUACUGCUUGAGCCUGGCAUAUUAUUUGUCUGGAGAGCAUGAGAUAGCAUUAGCAGUUUUGAACACCUGUGUGCGAAUGUUCACGGUCCUGCGUGACUCUCCUGGCCUGGGCAGGGCGUACGGAGCCGUGGCCACGGUCCUGGCGAGUCAGGGGAAAUCCCACGAGGCCGUGGAGUACCUGGAAGAGUUUUUGAGGGAUGCUGAGAGCGCUGGUCUGAGCCAAAGCCUGGUGGAUGCAAACAUCCUGCUGGGACAAGUCCACAAUGACAGAGGCCGCUACCCGGAGGCUCUGCAGCACUGUGUCCGUGCGUGCGCGGCGCGGCGCGGGCGGGCGGCGGAGGCGGCGGCGCUGUGCGGGGUGGCCCGGGCGCACCAGCUCCUGGAGCCCUUCGGGCGCCUCGUGGCGGCGGGCGCGGAGCCGCGCAGCCUGCGCUGCCUGCUGGCCUGGAAGCAGCGGCGCAGCGCGCUGUGCGCCGAGCCGCACGGCCCCGCCGACCAUGGUAAAGAGACAAAUACAGAGACAAGUACUGAGACAAGUACAGAUACAAGUACUGAGACAAGUGCCUCAAAGCCUCUGUGAGCUCCGUCCAAGGCACCAGUUCUAGAUCUUCCUGGAUGCCUUCUAUUGACAGAGAAGCUGAUGUAUAAUGAGUACUGGAAGAUCCUUGAAGAGUAGUGCAACAAAGUAGGAAUUUCAGCAAGGCUUUUGUCAUUAAAUGCUGUUAUCAUAAAAA